ACUGUCAGUCGGGGGGCUUCCCUCUGCUGAGACCACCUGGGCGAGCUCGAGGCCCAAGAAGAAGAAGCACCCAUUGAAUGCCCAGGAGUCCGUCAGGUUGUUCAUGGAACAACAACGGCGAGCACUCCCAGAGGACAGCUCGGCUGGCCA